AAACAUAUAUAUAGCAAUAAAAAAGUAAGUAUUCAACAAAAUAAUUUUAAACGUAAAAAAUAACAAAAUAAAAAACCAAAAAAAAAAUGGCUUCCAAAUUAAAUUUCACAUUGUGUUUGCUCGGAUUUUAUUUGCUCAUCAUAGAAGUUAGUUGUCAGACUCAGAACCUAGCUCCUGGUGAUACCAUUGUAUUUGACAUAACCACGAAAGGUGCAAAACCUGAUGCCGAUGUCACACAGGCUUUUUUGGACUCAUGGACUGCAGCAUGUGCAUCAAAAAAACCUAGCAAGGUCUUAGUUCCUGCAGGAAAUUAUAUCCUAGGAGCCAUUACUCUCAAAGGUCCAUGCCAGACACCAACUGUAAUUGAAAUCUUAGGGAACUUCAAGGCUCCUUCAGAUGUGGCAGCUUUUAAGAAGGAAGAUUCAUGGUUUAAGGUAGAAAAUGUCGACAGUUUGAUAAUCAUUAGUGGUAAAGGAGGAGGUGUUUUUGAUGGCCAAGGACAAGCAGGAUGGAAAAAAAACGAAUGUACUAAGAAUGCUAACUGCGCCUUCGACCUUCCUUAUAACAUAAGGUUCAAUUUUGUGUCCAACUCAAAAGUAAGUGGCUUGACUUCGCUAAACAGCAAGUCGUUUCACGUUGUUCUCUUAGGGUGUAAGCAACUAGAGUUGUCAGACAUGACAAUAACCCCAGCAGACAGCCCUAACACGGAUGGCAUUCACAUUGGACGUUCAGAAAACAUUAUCGUAAGAGGGUGGACAAUAGGCACCGGAGAUGAUUGCGUGUCUUUUGGUGAUGGGGCUAAGAACGUCCUUAUAGAAGGAGUCACAUGUGGGCCCGGUCAUGGUCUCAGUGUUGGGAGCUUGGGUAAAUACCCAAAUGAAGAACCAGUUUCAAAUAUUACUAUCAGGAAAUGUACCAUCAAGAACACUGACAAUGGUGUCCGGGUUAAAACAUGGCACAACUCUUAUGAAUCCACUGUCACUGGCUUGUAUUUUGAGGAUAUCACUGUUGAAAAUGUCAGAAAUCCUGUCAUUGUUGAUCAAGAAUAUUGCCCGUGGAAUCAUUGCAAAGCAAAGACACCAUCAAAAGUCAAGAUUUCCGACAUCAGAUUCAAGAAUGUGAAGGGAAAAUCAAGCACCAAGGAAGCAGUGAAACUGAUUUGCAGCGAGGCGCCAUGCGAUAAGGUAGAGCUAGCUGACAUAGACAUACAAUACACUGGACCAGAUGGUCCUGCAGUAUCAAUGUGUAAAUUUGUGAAGCCUCUUCUUACUGGAAAGCAGAGUCCACCUGCUUGUGAUGCACCUGCUACCCCUAUUGUUGAAACUUGAGGGUCAGGCCUAGGAUUUUUUAAUGUUGUAAUCUUAAUAAUUCCUAGAUGUUUGAAACAA